AUGUUGCGGCUGUUGCUUACACUGUGUGCCGGGGUCAUCGCCUGCGCUUACGGCGAUGACGCGUCCCGCAUGUCGCGCAUGCGCGGCGCCCCGAUGUCGGGCACCCUCAGCUCGGUGGGCGGCCAGGGCGAGGAGGCGCCGCCGGUGUACCGGCCCGGCUCGCAGGCCUACGUAGUGUCCCAGUUCGUACAUCCAAAGCCCCCGCACCAGCACUGGGAGGAAGAGACCUCCCUGACGCUUGUCCCUGAGAACAAGAACUGUCUGCUGUGCGAGCCUCAGGACUCAGGCGCGUGUCGGGCCAUGCCCUCCUGUGUAUACUGUGAGCCCACUGUGACUGCGCUGUGUGAGCGAAGUACUCCAUGUUUGAGGUGUACCGUGAUAAAGAACCCGUUCUUCAAGUGUAUCCCCGGAGAGAAGUACAUGGACGAGUGCGACUCGUGCCGCUGCACCGAUGGCCACUCAGGGUGGUGCACCAACCAGUUCUGCGAGUUCCGCUCGCUGCAUAUCUACGCUCUCAAACUCUCCGACGGAGAGUUUUACUAG